CUUUCUGUCAACAGCUGAUACAGUCAACACACUGGUCAACCUCCUUAUCAACAGUUUCCCAAACGCUUCCAUCACAGCAGGCUGCAGGUGAAGCAGCAGGUAAUUCUGGCAAAAUCUCCAGGAUGGAGUCUCGGAUGAAGGCGGCAGCUCUCCUCCUCGCAGUGUGGUGGUGCUGCUGCAGGGCUCAACGCGUUAACUACAUAAGUCCGCACAGAGGCAGCAAAAAUGGAGCAACACGAGUGAUGCUUUCAGGAACAGGUUUUGCCCUGGAGAGACCCAAGCUAAAUCCAAAUGAAUACACAACUGGUAACCUUGUGUUCAUGGUGUCGGACACCCUGUCAGUCCCCUGUGAUGUGGAGAAAGACUCCACACAUGGCAAGCAGAUCACCUGUUACACCAGACCAAUGCCUGUUGGUCACUAUGUGAUCCAUGUGAGUGUGGACGGUGUUCCCAUUCCUGACAGCAGUUUGUGCAAUGGUGUGUACAAAUCAGGGCACUGCAGCUUUUAUACUGUGUGGUAUCGCACGCCUACUAUCGGCUCUAUGACUCCAGACAGUGGUCCUCCAGGCUCCGUGGUGACAAUCACCGGACUCACCUUCACUGAUGUGUAUGGAAGCAACACUGCUAAGAGCACCAAUGGCCUCAACGUCCGGUUUUUGAGAGCCUACAUGGGAGGGAUGCCAUGUGAGCUGCUUAAACCAAACUCAGAUGAACUAUAUGGCAUCACAUUGAACUCUGACACUUCUUGGUAUGGAAGCAUGAGCUGCAAAAUGACCGGGACGUAUGUUGGGCAUCACAACUUGAGUUACAUUCUUGACAAUGAAUUUGGAAGGAGUUUACCAGGGAAGAACUUGUUCAGGGUUUCCGCGUUGGGCAAGCUGUCCAUGUUUCAGACCUAUGCAGAGGUGACAGGAGUUUCCCCAUCCAAUGGCAGUGUCAUGGGUGGAACACUGUUGACCAUCCACGGACGCUACUUCGACCAAACCGAUGCACCGGCACGCGUUCUCAUUGGAGGCCUGCCUUGUGAAAUCCAGAGUGUAUCUGAUGACAAAAUCACAUGCAAGUCGGCCAAACAUGAGAUGAACAACAAAAUGACGAUCUGGCCAGGUAGCAGAGGCUUAAAGAUGGAACUUUGGAAUGGUUCAAGACCAAGAUACCUUACUGACAUUUGGACCUACAAUCAAAACACAAGUGGAUACUGGGCACAGUGGACCGACUCCAUGCCCCACACUUUUAAGUUUGAUAAUGAUUAUUUCAGCACACGAACCAGGGGGUUCUUCAGCCCUCCAGCCACCGCCAACUACAAUAUAUACCUCCACUGUGAUGACAGAUGUGAGCUUUACCUCAGCAACUCCAGCCUCCCAGAACACAAGGUUAAAAUUGCAUAUCAGGGGAGAUAUGUCUCAGAUUUUACAAAAUUGGCAUCCCAAAAGUCUAAAGUACUGGCUCUGGAAGAAGGAAAAUACUACUACAUGGAAAUGCUGCAUCAAGAAUAUGGCGGUGCAGCGUCUAUCAACAUUGCCCUGUUCAAAGAAGAGAGUCCCUUUACAGCAGACCAGACAGACGAUGCUGUCAAUGAAGCUCAGCAUAUUGUGGCUAAAUAUGACGUGUUCGACGAGGAACAGGUGGUGUCCUUUGAAUCCUGGCCCAGCAAUGGCGCCACAGUCAAAGAGGUCCAGGAGGUAACAGUCAGCAGCAGCUGUGCCAGCCACCUUUGUGGGAACACCUUCUUCAGCCUGGGAUACGGAGAUGCAAAGACAGGACCAAUUGCAGUCAGCGCCACAGCUGCUGAGGUGCAAGCCUCCUUGAACCACCUUUGGUCCAUCAAACCCGACACAGUCCAGGUCACCAAACAGGACGACACCUUCACAGUCACAUUUAACUCUGACAGAGGGGAUUUCAAACCUCUUCAAUACGAGGUCUUUGGCUCCGACACCAACAUCACUGUUGCUGAGGUUACCAAGGGGAAGAGUAAUAUGGAGACCUUCACUCUGCUCUGGGGGGGAAUCCCUACAAAGCCCAUCACUUUCAAUGCAAAUGUGUCUGAGGUGCAGUCGGCUUUGGAGGACAUGAUGAAGGGCGAGUGUCCCGAAGAAAUCCUGACCACUGAAGGGACCGAUGUGAAGUACUUCAAAGACUUUGAAAAUGACAACUCGCAGUUUGAUACUGCUGAGGAAGGGACUCCAGUGAAGAACUUUGCUUUCUGUGGCCUGUGGUCCCUGAAAAACGCCGGGGUCCUUUUCAAGAACAGUUAUACCAAAGAGUCUGGUGGAACCUACGGAUCAGUUACAUUGUCCAAGCAUCCUACGCUUUGCUUUGCAUAUAAGGGAAUGUUGAAAGAUGAAGUUGGAUUGAAGUUCACUUACAGCGACAGCCAAGGCAAUACCAAGACAGAGACCGCAAAGAUCCCCACUCUAUUCAACAAGGGCGACAAAUGGAGUUACAAAUGCAUGGACAUGGAGAGUUCCCUGCAGAAUGAUUAUACUGGAGGCAAAUACACUCUGCUUGAGGUUUACCUCUACAAAGACGCCUCUGGUGCAGAUUUCUACGUGGACGCCGUUCACAUCGGAGAGAGCGCUACCACCAUGGAGGAAAAUGCUGUUCCCAACAAGAGGAGGCCACCACCCUUUGAGAGCUCUGGUCGUUCAUUCGAGUCGAUCGCCGUCACCAAAGACACAUCAACUGCUUCUCUCUUCAGCUACCAGAUCAUAGCCAAGCCCAUAGAAUGUGCCUUUGGUUUCCCUCUGCUAGAAGUUGGCUUCCUGCAGUCCAACAGCAGCGAGGACAUGGCUGUGUUCGGGGAGGGGGCAGCAUCCGUCAGCAUCACCCGCCCUCACAGAGCCACCCCCCCUCUGACGGGCACCUUUGAUGUGGAGAUCUAUGGAGGCCGAGCUGAAGGUCUGUCGGUGGACAUCAGUCCAGAGGACCUGAAGUACGCUCUGCAGGGGAUCCCAGGGAUGGGGGAGGUCAGCAUCAGCAGUUAUGGAACCUGCAAACGGCCUAAGUGGAGGGUCAAUUGGCUCACCAACCCAGGAGACCAGCCUCUGAUGAAGAUUAAUGACUCCCUGACUGUGGGCAACAACGUCGUUUUUUCAAUAACCGAGAGUAAAAAGGGAGGACUGCUGAUACGCAGCCUGACAGGAGAUUACCUUCGUGUCUGGGAAACCAAACCACAGGUGGAGGUGAUCAUCAACGGGAUUCCCUCAAAGUGUUCUGGUGACUGUGGGUUCGAAUGGACCGAAGACAAGACUCCUGUGGUGACUGGAAUCAGCCCAUCUCAAGGAUCUAAUGGCCUGGGGACUCUCCUGACUGUCACUGGAACUGGCUUCAGUAAUGAGAAUGCCUCCAUCAUGGUGGGAGAGACCCCGUGUGAUGUGGAACAGAUCGACGCUACCACUCAGGUGUGCAGGCUGGGCAGCGCCAGUGCCGGAACUUACCCCGUGUCCGUGAGCUUCCCCUCUCUGGGUAACUCCCGCUUUGCAGGAGGCGUCCUACACUUCACCUACCAGCUCAUCAUUUCCUCCUUCGCCCCGCUCUCUGGAAGUCUGUCAGGUGGCACACUUCUGACAGUGAGUGGUUUCGGCUUCAGCCAGGAAUCCACAGUUACUGUCGGCGGUGAUGAGUGUGCCGUGGUUAAAGCCAGUGACACUGAGCUGAAAUGCAGAACACCAGCUGGGACUGCAGGAGCACAGAUGCUCACAGUGAUGGUGGGAAACAUGAGCCAGGCAGCCAGCAGCUCCUUCACCUACGACGACAGCCUCACAUCCCAGAUCUCAGGCCUGAGCCCCAGCCACACCACUGUGAUCGGCCGUGAAGUUCUCACCAUCCAGGGCUCCAACCUGGGCGGCCAAAACAAUGACAACAUGGUGCUGGUAGGCAGCAAGGAGUGUGUGACGGUGCAGUGGACGGCGACCAGCAUCACCUGCCGUCUCCCCGUGCUGCCGCCCGGCCUGUACCACGUGGAUGUACAGGUUGGAAAUAAUGGCUUCUCCAAGACAAGCAACGAUGUGAAAGCCACCAUUGAAUACGUCCUAGAAGUCCACAGCAUCUCCCCCAUGCUCGGCUCCCUGCAGGGGGGAACCAGGCUGACUGUUUCUGGAUCAGGUUUCAGCAACAGCACCUCUGACAACAAAGUCUCCUUCGGUGGAGCAGAGUGUGAGGUGGAGGCCGCCUCAGAGAAUGAGCUGCAGUGUGUCAUGAAGUCGGAAGAGAAGACUCACAUGGUGGACAACCAGGGAUCCGACCGCACUUUGGGACAGGGCUAUGCUUGGAGCCCUGCCUCAGUGGAUGCAUAUGUCGGAGACUCAGUGGUGUGGCGCUGGGAGGCGCCCAUCCUACAGAAGGUAGAGUACCGGGUCUUUAGUGUUUCCCGCCCGGGAGAAAUCACCCCUGGAGACGGACCGUUCAACAGCGGAGCCAAAUCUGCCAAAGGGUCCUUCAGCUACCGCUUCACUGCACCUGGUGUGUAUUACUACAGCAGCGGCUACAUCGAUAGCUCAAACUCCAUCAGACUGCAGGGAGUGGUAAAGGUGGAGGCUCGGCCGAAGAAGAGCAGCACGGUCUCCGUCAGCGUGGGAGGCAUCGAGGCCAGACACGUGACAGGAGGUUCACACCGCGUCUCCAGAGCAGCCGAGCAGUGUGUGGCCUCCCCACAGUGCCCUGAGACUAAUGACACCUCAAUCAGCCUUUCCUACACCGUGUCCACCUGCUCCACCCCAGCAGUCUACUCCAUCUCCCCCAACCAGGGCUCCUACCACCAGAUCAUCAGCAUUCAGGGCGAGGGCUUCAGCCACAUCGCCUGUGCUAAUGAGGUGACCGUGGGGGGUCAGUCCUGUGAGGUCAUCAACAGCUCUUUCUCCGAGAUCAGCUGCCAGCUCAGCAGCAUGAGUGGCCUUUCCAUCGGUGUGCCUCACCCCAUCGCCGUUAGAGUCAACAACCUGGGCAGCGCCAUCAUGGCCAUCCAGAAGGAGCUCCACCGUCGCUUCGUGGUGCUUCCUGUGGUCGACUCCAUCUUGCCUGACACCGGCAGCCCCACUGGCUUCACACGCCUCCUUAUCAGCGGCUCCGGCUUCUCCGGAGGCGUCGCUACCGUAGCCGGCGAGUCAUGCUCUCUGUUAUCAGUCACCGACACCUCCAUCACCUGCGACACCUUACCUUCUCAGCCACACACCGGUGAGGUGGUCUUCAACCUUGGCAGGAUCCAGAGCUCCUGUCACUCAAGCUGCUCCUUCACCUACUCCUCCUCCGUCACUCCGGCAGUGGUCAGUGUUUUCCCUGAAACCAUCAGCAACCUCACCAAUGUGACCAUUUCCGGCUCAGGGUUUGGCAGCAGCGUGGCUGACGUGGCAGUCUUUGCCGGCACCUCAGAGCUGGAAGUCACCGAUGUGAGUGAAGGCAACAUCACGCUGAUGGUGACCGCCCUGCCCGCAGGCGUCCACCCCAUCAGAGUGAUCGUGAGAAGCAAAGGCCUUGCAUCUGGGUCUAUCGCCCUGAGCAGCAGCGCCCAGAGUGACCUCGACCCUGUCGUGGGCAGCCUGGCAGGAGGAACCCCUCUGGUGUUCAGAGGCAACGGCUUCGCUCCAGGGAACACCAGCGUGACGAUGGGUGGAGCACCCUGUGAGAUCCAGGAGGUGACGCCAGGGAUGCUGCGCUGCCUGACGCCUCCUCACAGCGAGGGGCUGGUGACCGCCGACAUCCAAGUCUUCUCCGUGCAAUACCCUUCUCUCAACUUCACCUACUCCGCUGCACACACUCCUGUCAUCAGCUCCAUCAGCCCCACCACUGGGCCGAGCGGUGCGGUGCUCACACUGACAGGUUCAGGGUUUGGCAGCGACUCUCAGCUUGUCUCCGUCACCAUGAACCACGUCCCCUGUGUGGUGUCCACAGUGUCCGACUCCCAGGUGCAGUGCACUGCAGGAGACAACCCGGGGGGGGCGUACCCCGUCGUGCUGCUUCACCAGGUCAAAGGUCUCGCCCAGUCUAGUGCCAUGUUCACGUAUGAGCUGACCCUGAGCAGCGUGCAGCCCAACGAGGGCAGUUUUGGUGGAGGCGCUGUACUGGCGGUGCAGGGUUCUGGCUUCGACCCAGAGGUUUCAACGGUGACAAUCUGCGGGGAGGCGUGUGACGUCCACAGAGAAAUGUCCACAUCGUCCAGCCUUUACUGCACGUCCCCGUCCAUCAAGAGUAAUCAGUCGGAGGUGGCCUGCGUGGUGGCUGUCAUCAACCAGCUGGAUGCCGUCAACAUUUCGAACGGAUACACGUACAAAUCUCAGCUGACUCCGGUGAUAUCGGAGGUUUCUCCACGCAGAGGAGGCACCGCUGGAGGCACCCGGCUCACCAUCAGCGGCUCGGGUUUCAGCAGCGACAUGAGUGAUGUGAACGUGACAAUCGCAGGCUCUGUGUGUGACGUUCAGUCCACCAACAACACACACAUCAUCUGUGUGACCAACUCUCAGCAGCGCUCUCAGGAAGCCAAAGUCCGAGUCAGCAUCGCAGACCGAGGCAUCGCCCAGAUGGAUAAUGCAGGUUUCUUCUACAUUGACGUGUGGUCGUCCAGGUUCACGUGGGGCGGUCUGUCUCCACCCGAGAGAGGCUCGUUUGCUGUCAUCACUAAAGGCCAGUUCAUCCUGCUGGACACCAGCACCCCUGUGCUGAAAAUGCUCCUCAUCCAAGGAGGGACAUUGGUGUUUGAUGAAGCAGACAUUGAGCUGCAGGCUGAAAACAUCCUGAUCACAGAUGGCGGACGGCUCCAGAUCGGCCAGGAGGGGGCGCCGUUCCAGCACAAAGCCAUCAUCACGCUCCAUGGAAAUCUGCGCUCACCUGAACUUCCUAUCUAUGGAACCAAGACGCUGGGGGUCAGAGAGGGAGUUCUGGACCUGCAUGGUAUUCCUGUUCCUGUCACUUGGACCCAUUUGGCGCAGACAGCGGGUGCAGGCUCCAACACACUGACUCUCAUGAAGGGGGUGACAUGGAAUGUUGGAGAUGAAAUUGUCAUCGCCUCCACCGGAACCAGGCACAGCCAGAAGGAGAACGAGGUGAGGAACAUCGCUGCUGUGUCAGCAGACGGGAAGACUUUGACUCUGACCAAAGCGCUGGAGUACUCUCACCUGGGCGUGACCGUCACGCUCCCCGACGGCACAGUGUUCGAGGGCCGUGCCGAGGUGGGGCUUCUCACCAGGAACAUUUUGAUACGAGGCGCCCAACAUGAAGAAUGGCAGGAUAAGAUCGAACCCUGCCCCGCUGGCUUCAACACAGGUGAAUUUGCCACCCAAACCUGUUUCCAGGGACGAUUCGGAGAGGAGACGGGCAGCGAUCAGUUUGGAGCUGCCAUCAUGAUGCACGCAGCCACUCCAGGUCAGGAUCUGGCAAUCGGCAGACUGGAAUACGUAGAGAUCUUCCACGCAGGACAGGCCUUCAGGCUGGGGCGUUACCCCAUCCACUGGCAUCUGAUGGGAGACAUCAAAUUCAAGUCCUACGUGCGGGGUUGUUCCAUCCAUCAGACCUUCAACAGGGCCAUCACCAUCCACAACACCCACAAUCUGCUGGUGGAGCACAACGUCAUCUACGACAUCAUGGGCGGCGCCUUCUUCAUCGAGGAUGGCAUAGAGACGGGGAACGUCCUGCAGUACAACCUGGCUGUGUUUGUGAAACAGAGCACCAGCCUGCUGAACGACGACGUCACCCCCGCCGCCUACUGGGUCACUAACCCCAACAACAUCAUCCGCCACAACGCCGCAGCGGGGGGCACCCAUUUCGGCUUCUGGUACCGCAUGCACAAUCACCCCGACGGCCCGUCCUACGACAGCAGCAUCUGUCAGAAGAGGGUUCCUCUCGGUGAGUUCUCCAACAACACUGUGCACUCGCAGGGCUGGUUUGGCAUCUGGAUCUUCACCGACUACUUUCCCAUGAAGAACGGAGGCUGCCGCUCCAAAACCCCCGAGCCCGCCGUGUUCCGAGGCCUCACCACCUGGAACUGCGAGAAGGGUGCCGAGUGGGUCAACGUGGGCGCCGUGCAGUUCCACGACUUCCUCAUGGUGAACAACGAGAAAGCCGGUAUCGAAGCGAAGCGCAUCAUUCAUUGGGCUGUGAGUGGAUAUGGCGAGGAAGGAGGGGCCACGAUGUCCAACUGCACCAUCGUGGGUCACGUGGAUGAGCUGGGACUGGGACAGGACUACUGCACGGACCGGGGGAUCAUCGCGCCGCUGGACGAUGGCCUGAGUGUCCUCAACACCAAGUUCGUUAACUUCGACAGGGGCUCGUGCACAGCCAUCGGAGUGGCCCAAAUCGACGGCACGUGCAUCGAUCGCUGCGGAGGAUGGGCUGCCAAGUUUGCUGGGAUCCAGUACUUCAAUUCACCCAACAAGGCCAGCUUCAGCUGGGAGCAUGAGGUGCAGCUGGUGGACACUGAUGGCUCCCUCACAGGAACCAUCAACAAUAAAGUGGUGCCUUUAAGCGGCCUGCUGGACCCCGCCCACUGUUCCCAGAGCGCCGAAUGGAGUGUGGGUUUCCCUGGCGCUGUGUGCGACCACACCGUCGCCUUCCAUCGUUUCGCGUUCAACAACCCAGCGCCGCAAUCUCUGGAGGGCAAGGAUGUCAUUUUAACCAACUCACAUGGCUCCAGCGCAGUUCCCUAUCUGAAGAAGAGGAUGACUCAUAAGCUGGGCUGGAUGGCCAUGAUGCCCUCUGGACUAACGUACAACAUGAUCUUUGAUGACAUGGACCACCUCACCAACAUCACCUAUGAAGGAAUAUUCUACGGCUUCAAGGCUGAUGAUUUUUUGAUCAUCAACCACAACUUCACCCAGAGUCCGGAUAAAUUCCGAAUCAUCGACGAGAGGAACGGCUCGUCCGUGCCGCUCAGCUACAGCAACAACAAGAACGGAGACUGGUACUUCAACAGCAGCUCCAACAACCUCUACUACAUCGUCUCUGGGAAGACGAGUCAGCGCCGGCGUCGGAGCAGUGCCGACCGAGCCUUGCAGGAAUCCGCGGUGAAAUUCAGGGUGUACCGCUGCUUCUACCCCAACUGCAUCAAACCUUCACCCCCACCCCCAGCCACGGUGACCCCCCUGCCCACCCACCGGCCUACCAACUUCAUCCGGUGGUCUGAUGAUGCGUUCUGGACAAGUUCAGCUGAAAAUAACAACAAAGUUCCAACAGCAGGCAGCGAUGUGGUCAUCCCAGCAGGAAAGUGGGUGGUUUUGGACAGUGACACCCCCGCGCUCAAUAAGCUGACUGUGAUUGGAGUUCUGGAGAUUCCUGACAACCUGAACAGCUCGUCCACCAGACAGGCCCGGGAAGUGCCAGUAUACAGCACAGUGGUGGUGGAUGCCGUCUACAUCUCCAUCCAGGGCGGCAGGCUGAUCGCAGGUUGGGAUGACGAGCCGUUCAGAGGUCAGCUGACCAUCAAACUGAGAGGAAACCACCGCACCCCCGACUGGCCCCUGCCCAACGGACCCAACCAGGGCUCCAAAGUGCUGGGUGUGUUUGGUAUCCUGGACCUCUAUGGACUCCCUCCCAAUGUUUACCACACCAAACUGGGCUCCACUGCUGCCGCUGGAGCCACCACUCUGAACCUGUCGCAGGCUGUCGACUGGCAGGUUGGAGACGAGGUGGUCAUCUCCACCACCAGCUACAGCGCCUGGGAGACAGAGAAACGCCAGAUCACAGAUGUGUCCGCAGACGGCCGCGUGCUGACCCUGAACCAGCCUUUGACCCACUCUCACAUCGGUGACACUCACUCCGGGGACUCGUUCUCCUACACUCUGGCUGCGGACGUGGGUCUGGUCAGCAGGAACAUUAAGAUCGUUGGAGAGGAGUAUGCAGAGAUGAUGGACGAGUCGUUCGGGGCCAGACUUCUAGUGGGUACCUACUCCUGGGAGGGAAUCGACUACAAAGGAAAAGCUCAGAUCAGAAAUGUGGAGUUCCUCCGCUCGGGUCAGGAAGGCUGGACCGACUACACCGACCCCCGAUACUCUGUGGCCUACCUCAACCUGGGAGAGGUUUCAGAUAAGGACUCGUACCUCCAGGGUUGCGCUUUCCAUGACGGUUUCUCUCCGGCCAUCGGAGUGUUCGGGACGGAGGGACUGAGUGUCGACGAUAACAUCGUCCACCGCACCGUGGGAGAAGGAAUCAGAAUCUGGGGGAACAGGAUCACGGUGAGGAGGAACCUGGUGAUGAUGACGAUGUGGCCCGGGUCCUAUCAGGACAGAGAGGAGCCCUUCAACUACGCGUGGAACGCUGCCAUCGAGGUCAAUGAGGGGACAAAUGUGGUCCUGCAGCAUAACAUCGUGGCAGGUUACGAGAGAGUCGCUUAUCGCAUCGAUGGAGAACCUUGUCCAGGAUACUUGAACAACAAUGAGAGGUGGAUGGACAACGAGGCUCACGGCGGGCUGUUUGGAGUCUACAUGAACAAAGACGGGCUGCCCGGCUGCAGCCUCAUCCAAAGCUUCUUCAUCUGGAAGAGCUUUGACUACGCCAUCUACUUCCAGAUCCCCAUGAGUGUCGUUAUUGCCAACGUGACCCUGGUGGACAACGGGAUGGGCAUCAUGCCUUUCGUCUACGGCCCCCCCUCUCUUUCCCAUGAAUACGCUGAUAAAACUGUGCACGUUCAGAAUGCCUUGAUUGUUGGCAGCAGCCCGAGCUUCGACUGUUCCUCCACGUUGCCUAGCAGCGACUUUAAUAUCGUCAACAGUGGCGGCAGUCGAGCUCCGAGACCCCCAACAGGCGGAAGAUCUGGAAUCUGUUGGCCCAAUUUUCUUUCCAGCCACAACACUGCUCCAAAAAAGCCCCAUCAUUUAAACAUGGCGUACAAUUCCAUCAAAGGCCUGAUGACAGUCAGAGACACGACAUUCGUCAAUUUCGGGAAUGUCUGCUCCGGAGAAAUGAACUUUGCGUUCAUGACCAACCCGCUGAAUGAGGAUCUGCAGCACCCUGUGCACGUUUCAGACAUCACUAUGAUUGACAGCCAAGAGGGGGGCAAGGUCUUCCUCCACAGGCCGGAUGUGAGCAAAGCGAACCCGUCUGACUGUGUGGACAUGGACUGCGAUGCGAAGAAGAAGACGCUGCUGAAGGACCUGGACGGCUCCUUCCUCGGGGCUGUGGGCGCUGUGGUGCCUCAGUCUGAGUAUGAGUGGGGGGGAGAUUCCAGGAGAGGCCUGGGCGACAACCGCAUCCCCAAAGUCAUGCUCACUUACCCCAACGGCAGCCGCAUCCCUGUGGACAAGAUCGCUCCAUACAAAGGUGUGAUCAGGGAGGACUGCACCUACAUGACUUCCUGGCAGAGCUACAAGUGUUUCGGGCUGAACUACAGGAUGCUGGUGAUCGAGAGUAUGGAUGCUGACUCUGAGACCAGACGCCUGUCCCCUGUUGCUCUUCUCGGGGACAAAUUCAUCGAUCUGAUCAACGGUCCUCAGGAUCACGGGUGGUGUUCGGGCUACACCUGCCAGAAAAGGGUCUCUCUCUUCCACAGCAUCAUAGCCACCGGACACUCCUUCGACGUCUUCUUCUCAAGCGUCAGCCCUCAGAAGCUCCGCCUCAUGAUGCUCCAAGCUAAACCAUCUGAGAGCGUCAUGGUGUCAAUCUUCUACUCCAAGCCACAGCGUUUGGAUGUGUACGUCAAUAACGAACUGAUUCCUCCAACUAACGCUAAGUGGAACGAUGACAAAACUGACUACACCCUGAAGAAGCCCCUCACACCAGGUCAAUACAUCCCUUCGCUGAAUGGCACUGACAGCAACAACUACUUUGACCAGGAGAACAAGAUGCUGAAGGUGGUGGUGAAGGGUUCCCAGCCCGUGGAGAUCCGCACCUCCCCCGUUCUCAUCAUCUCCUUCGAGCUGCCCGCCAUGACCGAGGCUGAGUUCUUCGGAGACGACCUGAUCAAGAACCUCGCUCUGUUCCUCAAAGUUCCCUCAAACAUGAUCCGCAUCACCAACAUCAUCCGGGAGGAUGGAGGCGCCCGGCGCAGGAAGAGAUCCACAGGCCUGAAGGUGGAGCUGGAGAUCAAGAAACCUCCCGUACAGCAAACCUCCAACUCCACUGACGAUGAGCAGGACUUCACAUUGUUGAAGAGCAUCGCUGAUGAUCUGGGUCAGGCAGCGGUUUCUGGAGACCUUGGUAGCUCCAUCGGCUUCAACGUGUCCUCCAUGGGCGUCAUCCCACCCUCCCCACCAGCCUCAGACCCCAGUUGGAAGGAGGAGGCCGAGGUGGAAGUGACGAGAGAGGAGGCCACUGUGAGCUACGUGUCCAGCGUCAGCGACCUGCAGCUAGUGGAGGAGCCUGUCACCGCGGAGUUUGUGGGGUCCCUGUACCAGCAGCCCAGUCUCAUGGCUGUGGACGAGCUGGGUAACUGUGUCUCUGUGGGAGUCACCUCCCUCAAUGUGACCGCCAGCCUGAAGGACUCCAGCGGGAACGCUGUGGAUGGACUGGCAGGAAAAACCUCCAUCCUGUUCAGCACCUGCUGGGCUAACUUCACGGACCUCUCCAUCCAGAACAGUGGUGAGAACCUGACCAUGGUCUUCACUCUGAAGCACUGGAAUGCUGAAUCACGUGCCUUCACCGUUGAAGACCUUCCAACCACCCUGGCCCCUCCCACCACCACCGCAGCCACUGUCCCACCGGAGACCACCGCUGACGACAGCUUGUUCGGCUCCAGCUCCACUGUGACCGUCAACAGUCUGUGCCUGGUCAGCGUCAUCUACACUGUGGCCUGCUGCUCUGAUGGCAUCCCCAUAUGUUAGAGAGGAUCCCUCACAUUCAGAUUAACACCGACGAGUCUGCUGAAUAAAAACAAAUCCUCAAAUAUAUUACACACAGGGCUGUUUUUUCUAUUUCUGUGUUACAGUUUUAUAAAAAAUUGCCCAAACUUAUUGGGAUGGGAAUAAGAUAAUAAACGUUUUAAUUCAAAUGCAAAGCACCUUUUAGUUUUCUAUUUAUGUGGUCAGCUUAAUUUCCCGUAUGUGGGACGAAUAGAGGUGUUCUGAUUCUUUUAUAAGGAGUUAAACUAAAUGAUUGGGAUGGGGCUAAAUUAAUAUAUAUUCUAAUUAAAUGCAAAGCACUUUUCCCUGUGUCACAUGUUUUAUGUGUAAAUGGCAGUUUUAUAUGAUGCCACUCCAGGUGUAAGAUCCAUAUAGAUGUUUAGGUUUAGAGCAAGAUGCUUAACUCUGAAACCAUGUGAAGGAAGACAUGAAGUUCUAAUGUUGAUGAUUAUUUUUCUGAAACUGUAUUUUCUUUCUAAUAAAGUCUAUUUUCCCCUCAUAAACAAA